AUAGAAUUUCGCAAGUGUUUCACCAUAAUUUUUCAUCACUCUAAAUUCGCCGUCUUUUUCUUCUAAAAAAAUCGAAACCCUAGCAUUCAACAUCACCUCUAUUCAGGAAGUUCAUCAUCUUCUAUUCGAUUUCACAAACAUAAACAGAUGGCAGCUAAAAUACUGACAACUGAGACUAUUGCACUUACAGAGAAAAAAAUGGACAUGACAUUAGACGAUAUCAUCAAGAUGUCCAAGACGAACACAACCAAAACUAAGAAGCAAAGAGUUUCGAAUAGAAGCCAAAAGUUUUCUAAUAACAUUGCUCAGGAUAAAUCUGCUAAGAUACAAAGGUGUAUGGACACAAGAUCAUCUAUGAGACAGGGGGCUCUUGCUCAAAGAAGAUCAAAUUUUCAGGGAGACCAGUUUCCUUUGGCAACUGAGGCUGCCAGAAGGGCAGCAGUUGCUCCUAUUCGCAAUAGGGCUUUCAAUCGAAGCCAGGCAGUGAAUGUAAAUAAACAGAGGUUUGGGGCUCCUCCAGUUCAGAAGAUUGCUGCAAAUGGUGGCAGGUUUAUUGCUAAGCAACAAAAGCAGGAAGUCAAGCCAGUGUCAAAGCAGAGGCCUCAGACAUUAGAUUCUCUAUUUGCAAAUAUGAAGGAACAGAGGAUGAAAAUGCAAUCUCAGCAGAACAUGCCAAAGAGAAAUGGAGGUGGUCAGCAUGUAGCGCCAUGGGCUAGGGGUCGUUUUGGCAAGUGAGGAGACCGAUGCUUAAGCUGUGGAUCCAUAUGUCGUUGCAACUAGGUUGUUUUGUAAAGAAGUGAUAGCAGAGCUCCAUGCCAGCUGAUCCAUGAGCUAUUGCUCGGUUUGGCCCUCUUUGUGUAACUCAGUGCAGCCUGGAUGUUAUCUCUUCUGGAAGAAUGACGAGAACUGUUUGGAACAUGUGAUUCCAUUUCGCUUUAUUCUAUCCAUAUUAGAAACUUGUACAGCAUUUCUUAGUUUUGGAGUCUGUUUGGAUGGACUAAUUUUUGGUGCUUUUAAGCAAUAAUAGUUUUAAAGUUGAGUAAAAUAAGUAGUGUUGAUAAAAACUUGAAGUUAAAACAACAAAAAUAAUUCAAAAGUCGGUUAGGCAUCCUAAUUUAUUGCUACUGAUUUAUAUA